AUGCCCUUCAAAGGAUUUGCCACUCUGAAGGAAUCAUUCUUCAAACCGGUCAAAGAGGAAGCCAAGUACGCGGUGGGAGACUCACUGGGUGAUAUGCGCAGAGCUGUGGAUGGCACGAACGUGGAAGAGGAGGAAGAAAUUGAGUUGAAUGAAGAUGGUCAGCCAGUGAAGACUGCGGUACUGAAGCAGCCAUUAUGUGACUGUCACUGCUUUGGAAUGCCCAAGCGUUACAUCAUUGCCAUUAUGAGUGGACUUGGAUUCUGCAUCUCGUUUGGCAUCAGAUGCAACUUGGGUGUGGCAAUAGUUGAAAUGGUCAACAACAACACCAUCUAUGUGAAUGGGAAGGCAGAGAUUGAGAAACCUCAAUUCAACUGGAAUCCGGAGACUGUAGGGCUGAUUCACGGGUCCUUUUUCUGGGGUUAUAUCGUAACUCAAAUCCCAGGGGGAUUUAUCUCCAACAAGUUUGCUGCAAACAGAGUUUUCGGAGCAGCUAUAUUUUUGACCUCAACACUGAACAUGCUCAUCCCAUCAGCAGCGAGAAUACAUUUUGGCUGCGUUUUGUUUGUAAGGAUACUUCAAGGUCUUGUGGAGGGAGUCACCUACCCAGCAUGCCAUGGGCUCUGGAGCAUGUGGGCCCCACCGCUUGAAAGGAGUCGAUUGGCUACUACGUCUUUCUGUGGUUCCUACGCAGGGGCUGUUGUGGCGAUGCCACUCGCAGGAUUGUUGGUCCAGUACAAAGGCUGGUCUUCGGUUUUCUAUGUUUAUGGUAUGUUUGGAAUGAUAUGGUACAUAUUUUGGAUGCUCUUUGCCUAUGAGAGUCCAGCAAAGCACCCAACAAUAACAAGUGAAGAGAAAACAUAUAUUGAGACCAGUAUUGGGGAAAGGGCCACCCUAAUAAAUGCAAACCAGAAAUUCAGGACCCCAUGGUUGAAGUUCUUUACCUCCAUGCCUGUUUAUGCCAUCAUCGUGGCCAAUUUUUGCAGAAGUUGGACCUUCUACUUAUUGCUCAUCAGCCAGCCUGCCUACUUUGAAGAGGUCUUUGGUUUUCCAAUCAGCAAGGUGGGUAUACUGUCGGCUGUGCCUCACAUGGUGAUGACCAUUGUUGUGCCAAUUGGUGGACAGAUAGCCGAUUUCCUGAGGAGCAGGAAUAUUCUAUCCACAACAGCUGUCCGGAAAAUCAUGAAUUGCGGAGGCUUUGGCAUGGAGGCUACCCUGUUGCUGAUUGUUGGCUACUCCCACACCAGAGGUGUUGCAAUCUCUUUUUUGGUCCUUGCUGUUGGAUUUAGUGGAUUUGCGAUUUCUGGGUUCAAUGUAAAUCACUUGGACAUCGCCCCUCGCUAUGCCAGCAUUCUGAUGGGGAUAUCCAAUGGCGUGGGAACGCUGUCGGGAAUGAUUUGUCCAUUAAUUGUUGGAGCAAUGACGAUACACAAGACACGUGAAGAGUGGCAGAAUGUGUUUGUGAUCGCCUCAGUGGUCCAUUACAGCGGAGUCAUAUUCUACGGAAUCUUUGCUUCAGGUGAGAAGCAGGACUGGGCUGACCCCGAGAACACAAGUGAAGAUAAGUGUGGCAUCAUUAGCCAGGAUGAACUGGCUGAGGAGACAGAACUUAACGAUGAGAGCUACAUCAGUCCAAAGAAAAAGAUGUCCUAUGGUGCUACAGGCGAAAUCAAUGGAGCCCGGAAAGACAGCUGGAGGAAGAAAAGGGGAAUAGCACGUGAAGAAUUGGGAGAAGAUCAGAAUACUUAUCAUUGUGAAAAUGGAAACUAUCGAGAUAUGUCACAAUGAGAUCAUGUGAUCUGGACUACCUGCUGUGACUAAGUAUCAAGGUUCAAGGCAGAAUCUGUUUUAUUGGCUUAUAAAUGGUAUAUUUAACAACUUCAUAAAAAUUGUUGGCCUUUUUUUAAAGAUUGCAGUGGUAGAAAUGGCCUUCCCUCAAAUUGUACAAUUGGUUACUGGUGACUAUAAAUAUU